CCGGACUGAGGAGGUGCUCCUUCAGCCCUGGAUGAAGGAGGCGGUCACUAAUUGGCAGGAGUGAGGAACCCCCCCCCCUCCCCAAAAGGGCAGCUUCUCUCCAGCCGUGCUGCCGAGCUAGAGGAGCACUAUUCAGCCACCAGCCUGAGCGAGGGAUCGACAGUGGGAGGGAGCAGUGGUCCGGGGAGAUGGACACCAGUGUAUGUGCUCUGGAGCUCCUGGGGGCCUUCUUCUCUGUGGUGGCCUGGGUCUGCUCGCUGGCCACCACCAUUACCCCUCGCUGGAUGACGCUGUCUACAGACCUGCUGCCUACGGAGGUCUAUGAGCUGGGGCUGUGGGAGACCUGCGUGGUGCAGGAGCCGGGUAGCAUGGAGUGCCGUCCGUAUGACAGCCUGCUGGGACUUCCCCCGGACAUCAAGCUGGCCCGCAUCCUGAUGUGCGUUGCCGUGGCGACCGGGCUCCUCGGGGUGCUGAUGUCCAUCCCCGGGCUGCGUCUGGUCAACAGUUGCCAGGGCGAGGAGGAGCACAGGGCCAAGCGGGCCUUCAAGCUGCUGGGCGGCGCCUUCUGUGCCCUGGCCGGCGUGGCGGUCCUCAUCCCCGUCUCCUACGUGGCCCAUCUGACGGUGCUGCGCUUCUUCGACGAGUCGGUGCCAGAAGUGGUGCCGCGCUGGGAGUUUGGCGACGCCCUCUUCUGCGGCUGGGCGGCCGGCUUCCUCCACAUGGUGGCCGCGGUUCUGCUGGUCGCCUCCUGCCUGUACGCGCCGGGGAGGUCCCGCACGGUGGCGGCCCGGUGGACACGAGCAUCCUGCGCCAUAGACCGCACUGGGAAAAGGUCAGAGUACGUGUGAGCGCCCACCCCCCAGCGCCAACGCCCCGCUGAGCCCUAAAUCACACAGCACCCACUCUUCCUCACCGAAGUGUAAAGCUACCAUUUUCCUCAUGAUCUGCAACAUGUUUAUUUAACUACAAUCGUCUGGUGUCGUACACGGGGUGAGUCAUGAGUAAGCAGCCCCCUGGGCCGGCGUGAGAUGCAUCCCAAGAUGCACUUGUAUUUUUUAAAAACACUUCUUUCUCAAGCAGUGAUGAAGGAUUUGCUGUUGCUCUCUCUAGAAUUUUUCCCCUUUUAUUUCAAUCCCCAAUUUUUCUGACUUUCACAAUGAAUGACUUUCUAUUUGACAAUUGAUCUGAUUUACUUAAAUCCAUCGGAAGAACAGAAGAAAAUGUUUCAGAAACUAGUGGCGUCUUCUAGGGGGCCUGUGAGACUGAUGGAGAGGGUGAAUCAGCACUGACCAAAGCACCAGAGAGGGUGGGGGCUGAAAAUAAGGGAAAAUGCAGAUGAUUUAAAAUAAAUUAUAUUAAUUCUAUCUUAUUAAAAUUUUGCAAAUGUUAAAUAUAUGUAUGUGUGUGUAUAUACAUGAACACACAUAGUGCAAUAUCAGAGUGAUUAUAUUUUAGCAAGAGACGUGAUCUUACCUAAUCAGCAAAUAUCUAUAGUUAGAUUAACACUUAUGGAAAAUGUUCUCCAUUUUUCUUGUAGUGGUCUGUACUUGUGGAAUAAAAUCCCACAUAUUCAAAUGGAAAGAAUGUAAAAUUAUUGUGAUUUUAUGUAUAAAAGGGCAAAUAGGCCUAUAUAAAGGGUUUUAUGGAAAAUGGUUA